UUUCUAAGCAUCCUUUGUGUUUUCGAAAAGCAUCUGAUUGGUGAACCAGAAGGCAUCCUGGGAAAGCAGGGCCGUGUUCUGUGCUGCCAAGGACGCAUGCAGCCAGCUUCUGCUACAAACUCAAGACCCCUGUUCUCCUCCAGCAAGAAACAUGGAACAAGUGAACUGACGUGAAGUCCCAUUCUGCUGCUGCCCAGCAAUGGGUUGUGUGCAAUGCAAGAAAAAGAAGGGAAACCAAACUCAGAAUAACAGCAACGAUGGGGCAAUUAACCCACCCCCCAACUCCUGCUACAAUCCUAACUCCUCCCAGCAGAACCCCCCCAGCUUCACGCGCAUCCCAGAUUUCAACAACUUCCCAGGGACACCAGGGCCUUUGACUCCAGCUGGUCCUGGCGGCUCUGGGCUCUACCCGGCACCCUCCAUUCACAUGCCAGCAAUAGGGAUCACAGGUGGAGGAGUCACCCUUUUUAUUGCCUUGUAUGAUUAUGAAGCCAGGACAGAAGAUGAUCUGACGUUCGUAAAAGGAGAGAAAUUCCACAUCAUCAACAAUACAGAGGGUGACUGGUGGGAGGCACGCUCCCUGAGCACUGGAGCCACUGGCUACAUCCCCAGCAAUUACGUGGCCCCUGUGGACUCCAUCCAAGCAGAAGAGUGGUACUUUGGGAAGAUUGGCCGCAAGGAUGCUGAAAGACAGCUGCUGUGCCAUGGCAACCCCCGGGGGACCUUUCUCAUCCGCGAGAGCGAAACCACCAAAGGUGCCUAUUCGCUGUCUAUCAGGGAUUGGGAUGAGAUGAAGGGGGACCACGUCAAGCAUUACAAGAUCCGGAAGCUGGACAGCGGUGGCUACUACAUCACCACCCGGACCCAGUUUGAGACUGUGCAACAGCUGGUGCAGCAUUACAGAGAGAGAGCUGCAGGAUUGUGUUGCCGCCUGGCCGUGCCAUGCCCCAAGGGGAUGCCCAAACUGGCAGACCUGUCCGUGAAAACCAAAGACGUUUGGGAGAUCCCUCGCGAAUCGCUGCAGCUCAUCAAGAAACUGGGCAAUGGGCAGUUCGGGGAAGUGUGGAUGGGCACUUGGAAUGGUACCACCAAAGUUGCAGUGAAGACGCUGAAACCUGGGACCAUGUCUCCAGAAGCCUUCCUGGAGGAGGCCCAGAUCAUGAAGCGCUUACGGCAUGACAAACUGGUGCAGCUGUAUGCUGUGGUAUCAGAAGAGCCCAUUUACAUUGUUACUGAGUUCAUGAGCCAAGGUAGUUUGUUAGAUUUUUUGAAAGAUGGAGAUGGUCAUUUCUUGAAGUUGCCCCAACUGGUGGACAUGGCAGCGCAGAUUGCAGCUGGAAUGGCUUACAUUGAGCAAAUGAAUUACAUCCACCGGGAUUUGCGUGCUGCCAACAUCCUUGUGGGUGACAACCUUGUGUGUAAAAUUGCUGACUUCGGCUUGGCCCGACUCAUUGAAGACAACGAAUACACGGCUCGCCAAGGUGCCAAAUUUCCCAUCAAGUGGACAGCUCCGGAAGCCGCUCUCUAUGGCAAGUUCACCAUCAAGUCAGAUGUGUGGUCUUUCGGCAUCCUUUUGACAGAGCUGGUGACCAAGGGCCGAGUACCUUACCCAGGCAUGAACAACCGGGAGGUGUUGGAACAAGUGGAACGGGGUUACCGCAUGCCAUGUCCUGGGAAUUGCCCCCCCUCGUUGCACGAUCUGAUGGUGCAGUGCUGGAAGAAGGAGCCUGAGGAGCGCCCCACUUUUGAAUACCUCCAAUCAUUUCUAGAAGACUACUUCACUGCUACAGAGCCUCAGUAUCAGCCAGGAGACAACCAACUGUAACUGAUGGGGCUCCCAACCAGGAUUGUGACCAUGGAGAGCUCACUCUUUGGGGAUCUCUCUCAAGUGUGGGUUGAGGCUGGGACACACUGAGAAAAUCUCUUCCCUGUCCAGUGCCAGGAGCUGAGGGUCCCGUUUUGUAGAACUGGGAUUAGGUUCCUUUCUCUUUCUCUUUCUUUUAAUUUUAAUUUUAUUCCCCUUUGGGACUAUUGCUUUUUUAUUAUUGUGAUUUUGUGUUUUAAAUUCUGCCUCAUCCUGAAUAGCUGCCAUGCCAAUUUUUGGAGAUUAAAAAAGAUGGGGAGGAGGAGGAGGAGGAGGAGGAGCCGCCAAGGCUAUAGAUGGCAGGAGAGGUAUUUAUUUGUUUGUUUAAUAGUGCAUCCUCUCUUAAUUAAGCUACUUCUGUGUUAACAUUGGAGAACCUUUGGCCCUUGAAAGAACCCCUGGGGUGCUCUGAAGAGGCUUUGUACUUCAACCCCCAUUGAUUCCAGCCAACAACAAGGCAUUGGGGGAGUUGUAGCCUCAAAUGUUCGAACGCACCUUUUCCCUAACCCUGCUGCAGCCAGUAAGGAUAAGGACAGGAUGGCUGCAGGACCACAGGAUAAAGAACUUUGCACAAUGAAAUACGUUAUCUAGCCAUCCUGCAACCAGUGCCCUCCAGAUGUAUUGUGACUGCAACUCUCAGAAUUCAUCAGCUUGCAAAGGCCAUGCUGGCUGGGAAUUCUGAGAGGUGUAGUCCCACGGCAUCACAUAUGGGAGGUUGCUGUGGAACCCCAACUGCCAUGAUGCCGUUGGGCAAACAAUCUAGGUUUGUUAAGCAUGUUUAAGUCCUGCAAAAUCUGAAUGGCUGUGGUACUCUGUUCCUCCCCUACAACAUUCUGGAAGAUGGCCACAUCUCUUCUCCCUCAUCAUUAGCCCUGACGCUCUGAAUCCAUCACUUGGUACUAUCUGGGUACGUAUCGUGUUUGAAAUCAAUGAGUUACGACCAUGAUAUGAGAAUGAACUUAUACAGAAUCCAUUAUAGGUUGAUCAAACAGUAUCAGCUGUUUUCUUGUGAGGGUCAGCUUGGCUUCUGAAUGAUAUAUUGGGGGCUGCACUUCAAAAAGGAGAGGGGCCGGGACAUAGCCCUAGUUCAGUGGUGCAUAAGGGAAGCAGACAGUGUUGCCUAGGACAACUUAAGGGGAAGUUGUGUGCCAGAAAGGCUUUGGAUCCUUUUUACAGAAGGAGAACGUUUCUGAGCAGAUUAAUGUGGAACUGAGAAGUGUCUGCUCCAUAGCCACAUGGUGCCUUCUGACAAUAAGAUGAGGCUCCUUACCAGAUGGGGGCUUGUGCACCAUCCCUUGAAAAUGAAUGAUUUUUGCUUGUCAACUGGGAGCUGUUCCAGAUGUUCCUUACCAGAUGUGCUGGGGCUGCAGUGUCCAACAUUCCUAGCCAGUAAUUACAACCCAAACACAUUUGGAGGGACCAGGUUGGAAGAGGCUGGCUUAUCUGGUAUCCAUAUCCCAGUUAUCUCCCACUAACUUUUUCUCCCUGUGCACAAGAAUCCUCUAAUCUGGCAAGUGUGUUGAGGAAUCCGCCACAGAUCAUUCAUAGGACACUAACCAUAAUCUUUGGAGGAAAGCUAUGACUCCAACACCAAUAAAAGAAUGUCCUAAGUCAGAGUUGUGGCCUUCCAGGUAUGGUUGGAUUAAAAUUCUAUCAUCCUUGAUCAUUGUCCUUGUUAGCUGGGAAGUUGGAGUCCAGGAACAUCUGGAGAGCCACUUGUUCCCCAAACUGUCCUAAGAAGUGCUUCAGAAGAAAUUUUAGAAGACAAGUGUGGUAGAUGUCCAGAAAUAGCUACAGUAAAAUCUGCCAUAGAUCCAAGGGGUGAAAGAUUAGUUUCCCUUCAUUUCCAUCUCCCUGUAAUUUGAAAUACUGCCAGGACACUGGAAAUUGCUGAAACACGUGAACUAUUACAUUGCACUGGGCUGAUUUCUGAAAGCUAUGCAGGUUUACUGAGAAAUAAGUGUUAUUGCUCAUUUCAACCAUGGUUGCUAAACAGAUCACCACAUUAUGGCUUAUUAUUGAUGAACCAGGCAAUGAUUUAGCAAUGCUUCCUUUCAGGUAAGAAUAUGAAAGAUUAAAUCCUUAACUGUGGUCAGUGUGCAGGAUUAUGAUCAGGGUUCUUUUAGUUUGUAAACCAUGGUAUAUUGUGUAAACUCAGCAAAUUAUGAUUCAUUAAACUGUUGACAAACCAUGGUUUAGUACAGUGUGUGAACCAAGCCAGUGUUUCUUCUUGCAGGAUAGCAUUUUCCCAGUUUAUGCCAUAUGAUUGUGGCAGAAUUAAUCAUGAUCAUCUUCCUGAUGGCAUAGAAUGAGACCCAGGGAGGGAGUAGAGUAAGUCAUACCUGGAUAACAUUCGUAUGAAUAAGAUGUUCAGUAAUUAUUAUACAUACUCUACUUCCUAAAAAAGAGUGAGAUUCAUACUAACUUCUUUCUUGGAAAUUCCCAUCUUUAGCUCAUUCAUUAUAGAACAUCCAGAUAAACUAAAAUUGUGAAUGCCAUAGUUUUGUGUCACCCCAUUAUUUUUGAUAUUUUUAGCUUUUAAUAAAAUGCAGUUGCUGCACUGAUCUGUUUAUCAUAGACAGGCAAAAGCAUUAUUACAAUUUCCAAGGGCUACUGUGUCUUAAGUUAAAAGCUUCCUGCCUGCUGAUUCUGCUGCUUUUUUGGAUUUUGGUACAAUGCAUUACCUCCUCAUUUAGUCAGCAUCUGUUUCUCUUGAUCAGGCCGGGGAAGGAUGUAAAUAUCCUUUCAUUUUUAAUGUGCUUUUAAAAAUAAUUGAACAGUACUAUUUCUCUAUUUAAAAAUAAAUGGCUGAGUACUAGUAAUUGAAGCCAUUGCCCCUCUGUAGGAAACAGAAACUGAUUCAUCAUUUAAGUCCCAGUUAUGCUGAACAGCAAGAAGCAAAAGCAGCAGAACUUGCAGGCAGGAAGCUUUCAGUUAAAAUUGCAGGGGAACAGUUGCUGAACAUCAUCAACGACCUUGAUAAUGAGGAUGCUAAACGAUACAGAGCUAUUAAAUAAAAGCAUCAUUUCAAUGCUUCAUUUAGCUGAUGGAGGGGGAAAAAGUGCCUCAACAGCGCUUAAGUAUCUUAGCAUGGAAAUGACCCAGCGGGCUGCAAUAUGCUUCUUCAAGAAGCAGUUCUUACUUAUUAAUGCCAGGACCCUGAACUGGGUGGCCAACCUUCCUUUCCAUACUUGUUAGUUGCUUGUGUGUGAAUGCAAGUGACCUACAGCCCAAAGGAAAAGGGGGGUGAGCCCAACAGCACCUUAGCGGAAGGACAAGAAGCAAAAGUUGCUGGGCAAGUGACAAGCCGUUUGGGAUGAGAGGUCCACCAUGGGACCUUUUAGGCCAAGGGAAGUUUGGCAGCUGCCUAUGGUGCUGAAGACCAACACUUACCGUGGACUAUCAGCAACUUACCUGGAUUUGUUCAAGCUUUCCACAAUGACCUUGAGAUCUACAAUUCAACAAAUGUAGAGUUCUGGGAGUGGAGAUGAGGUACUUUGACAGAGGGGAGGAUGAGUACACUGACAAUGAGCAAGCAAGCAAAUGAGUUGGAGGUCACUAGCUUUCCUCUCCUUGAUGCAGGCUUCCAUCCAGUAGGGUCCUUCCAUCCUGUGAGCCCAUCCACCGACCACCUUCUCUUUGCUUAAGGACCAUGUUUUUCUUUGUGGUGGCCUUUGCAGUGGAUGAAGCUUCUUCACUUUUCAGGCUUCUGGAGAGCUGCCCUCUCGGGCUUCCCAUCCUGGAAAUGUAGUCAUUUACAUUUUCUCUGUUAUGGUUCUAAAACCCUUUCAAAAAGGUUGAUUCGUUGAUAGGACAGCUAGACAAAUCCUAUGCUUGCAGACCUUGCGGGGUGGGCAGACAAGCCCAGGAUGAGAAGGGGAGGGCAGAGCCUUUGGGCAGGGGGCAACCACUGCUGGUUUAUAGUUAGACCAGUGUUUCUCAACCUAGGCAACUUGAUGUGUGGACUUCAACUCCCAGA